GUUCGCAGGGACUUGCGCGGCCACAGGAGCUGGCCUGGCUCUUACGCACGCAUGGAGGGAGACGUUAUGGACAAGGUGGAGGCCACGGCACCGGUCUGUGACUUCGACCCCAUCAAUGGGAGCAUCCCCGCCACCAAAGUGGAGAUCACCGUGUCCUGCAGAAUGGAGAAUGGAGGAGACAAUUUAAAUAACAUGGAAGGGGUUCAAAACCCUUUUGGGAGAACAGAGGUGAUAGACAACACGCUAAACCCAGACUUUGUCAGAAAGUACAUCUUGGACUACUUCUUUGAGGAGAAGCAGAAUCUCCGCUUUGACGUAUAUGAUAUUGAUUCUAAAAGUCCAGAUCUGGCCAAACAUGACUUCCUGGGGCAGGUGUACUGCACGCUGGGAGAGAUUGUGGGCUCACCUGCCAGUCGCUUGGAGAAACCACUUGUUGGCAUUCCCGGGAAGACAUGUGGAACUAUUAUCCUGUCAGCCGAGGAGCUAGGAAAUUGCAGAGAUUAUGCCACCAUGCAGUUCUGUGCCAAUAAACUGGAUAAAAAGGAUUUCUUUGGAAAGUCAGACCCAUUCAUGGUCUUUUACAGAAGUAACGAGGAUGGCACCUUCACCAUCUGUCACAAGACCGAGGUGGUGAAGAACACUCUGAAUCCUGUAUGGCAGCCCUUUUCCAUUCCUGUCAGAGCACUCUGCAAUGGAGACUAUGACAGGUCGAUCAAAGUGGAAGUGUAUGACUGGGACAGGGAUGGCAGCCAUGAUUUUAUUGGUGAAUUCAUCACUAGUUACAAAGAUCUGUGCCGGAGUGCCAGCCAGUUAAACGUGUAUGAGGUGGUGAAUGCUAAGAAGAAACUAAAGAAAAAGAGAUACAUCAACUCUGGGACGGUGUCCCUGUUGUCAUUCAGUGUGGAAUCUGAGCACACCUUCCUGGAUUACAUCAAAGGGGGAACUCAGAUUCACUUCACUGUGGCCAUUGAUUUCACUGCAUCAAAUGGAAAUCCAUCCCAGUCAACUUCACUGCACUACAUGAACCCUUAUCAGAUGAAUGCCUAUGCGAUGGCCCUAAAGGCUGUUGGAGAAAUCAUUCAGGACUAUGACAGUGAUAAGAUGUUUCCAGCCCUUGGAUUUGGUGCUAAGCUGCCCCCUGAUGGGAGGGUAUCCCAUGAGUUUCCACUGAAUGGCAACAUUGAGAACCCAUACUGUAACGGCAUGGAGGGGAUUCUUGAAGCUUACCAUCAAAGCCUUAAGACAGUUCAGCUUUAUGGACCCACCAAUUUCGCUCCCGUCGUCAAUCAUGUGGCAAGGUAUGCAGCAGCCGUCCAGGAUGGAUCCCAAUACUUUGUCCUGCUUAUCAUCACCGAUGGAGUAAUAUCAGACAUGGCUCAGACCAAGGAGGCCAUAGUGAAUGCAGCUAAACUUCCCAUGUCGAUCAUCAUUGUUGGAGUUGGCCAAGCGGAGUUUGAUGCUAUGGUUGAGCUUGAUGGUGAUGAUGUCAGAAUCUCCUCACGGGGAAAGCUGGCAGAGAGAGACAUUGUACAGUUUGUACCAUUCAGAGACUACAUGGACCGAACAGGUAACCACGUGCUUAGCAUGGCACGGCUGGCUAAAGAUGUACUCGCUGAGAUCCCCGACCAGCUGAUCUCCUACAUGAAGAACAGAGCCAUUAAACCCAACCCCGUCCCUCCAGCUUACUCAGCCUGUGACCUCCCUGAAACCAGCCCCAUCUGAGCCUCUCCCCCACAGAAGUCUGCUUUGGAUGCUGCUGCAUCCGGAUUCAUGGGAGCCAACAACUGUUGUUUAAGGGGAGAUUGAGGACCCUCUAAAAGCCCUUCUCAUAAAUGUUACUCCAAUUUAACAGUUGAUGAGACUCCAUUGUGGUUUGGAGCAGGAGGUUGUUGCAGAAGCCGCUGAUGAUCAGGGAGUGUUGUUCUGUCUCAGUGCUUGAGGAUAUGAGGGGAGGCCAGUGUACAGGGAGGUUUUAGUUCUUCGCUGUCAAACCUGUCAAAAUGGUGAUGUAAUGGAUAGCAAGUAAACCCCUAGAGAGGGUCUAUUUGAAGGCUUAGAAAUGUUAGGAUGUGGCAGUAAGUAUCAUGUUUGUCAUACCUUCUGGAUUUGAUGUGUGUUGAACUAGGAAAUCUUGUGUAAAAUAAUAUAUUUGGUUAUCUAUUGUAGAAAUAAAUUAUUCCUUUAAAGGGGUUUUAAAGGGUGGGGAUUAAAGUCAUAUAUACCCUGUAGUUUUCCAUCUUAUAUUUUGUGCCAAGUGAAAAGCAAUCCCCAUUUCUACUUUGAUAAAACUGUAAGAUAUAAAAGCAUGUAAUGAAAGAAUAUUCAGCGCUCAUUAACCAUUUUCACUUUUUGAAAUUUUUGGCUACAAGCUGUCAAUGACCACCAUAUAGAGUUUUCAGCAUCAUGUCUUAUAUAUGUUUCUAAGAUUUCUAUUAACAGAAUGCACUAAUUACUGUCCAAGUAAAAGCACAAAGGUUGUAAUCUUUAUAAGCUGAUCAGCAAUGAAAACAAUAGAGACCAGUGCAUCGUGUUUUCAUCAUGGUUCUAACUAUAUCUUCAUAUUAAACUGAAAGCUCUUGAGUAGCGUUACACUAAGAGAGUCAGAUUACAUGUCCGAUUUUAAUCACAUCCGCACAUUCUCUGUUAGUAUAGAGGAAGGAAAAAUAUACUUAAGAGUUGCUGCCACAUCUAAUUAAUCCUCUUGCUCUUUGGCUUGCUCUCCACAAUAUUUGUUAUUGGUGUGAUUCAUUUUUUAGUUGUUUUGUUUCUCCAAAGAACUCUUGACUUUUGAAUUGCAAAUUUAACUCUUGUUCCUCCUAUUUCUUCUCUACACACAUUUAUUUGGCUGGCUUCCCAAAGUGAAAUUUGAAUAAUCUCAAAUUAGCCGAAGAAAGACUUUUAGUCUUUUUCCUUUCCUAUUUAAUAUACUGAGUGCAGCACUGAACAGAUGAGUCUGGGUCUUGUGUGAUGUGUCCACUGUAGCCAUUGUUGUGUUUACUUGCAAACCCCUCCCCAAAAAUUUAAGACUGUAAAAUGUAAUCCAAAACAGAAGACAAUUAUCUCUUUAACCACAAUCAUAUUAACAAUUAAAGUAUAUGGAAAUAAGACAAAGUAACUUUUCAUGAAAACUACCAGUCAAUCCUGUAUUUGAUGGCAGAACUGACCGUCUUAAGCAUCUGUGAAAUGAGGAGAGCAGUUGCUGCACCUUCAGGAGAGAAAUGUGCUCCAUUUUUGUUUGAUUCUGACCGCUCUGACCGCUCAAAUUCUGACCGCUCAAAUGUCUUGUGUUCAGUGGGUGAAAAGUCCCACACCUGAGCUCCUCCACAAUGAAGUUGUUUAGUCUGAAAUCAGUUCAAUACAUGGUUUAUUAUUUCAAACCUGUUAUCUAGAAAGUAUCUUAUGUUUUCCCAAAACCUGUGUGUAACUUUUAGUAUCAGAGAUGGUUUUCCAGAUCUGGCAUAUAAGCUAAUUCCCUUCUACCCCAUCAGAAUUAAAGCCAUUCCAAGUUCUGGCAGCAUUUCUGGCUAAUGCUUACACGUGUUUUUUCUGUGCAGUGCUAUCAGAGCACAUGAAGUUCACUCAGAGUUGAUUUUUUCUUUCAGACCUGUUUCCCAUUGACCAAACAAAUUAACUAAAAAAGAUUAUUCCAAAACAUUCUACCAGCUUUUUAGUUUUUGUGACACUCUUCUAGCCUUCUGCUGAGAUGUGUCUCUGCCAUCAAAUUCAAGAUGAGAUAAUGUUCAUUUAAUAGUAAAAGGCUUGAUGUCCAAUUUUGCUUCGUAUGUCCCUUUCAAUUGUGUUUACAUUUCAAACAGCGUCCUACGCUUUAAAUGAUCGGGGUUGAAUGUGUCUGUUAAAUUAACAUAUAUCAUUUUUCUGGAUUAGACUGUUUUAACCUGCACAACAGCCUGUAACUCAUAAAAACGUUCAAUUCAAACGAUAACGCCUCAAAAGAAGACUUCUCUAUAAGAUGUUUGCCAGUUGUUGAUGCAUUCGCAUUUCUUUGUGGCUUCUUCUUUUUCUGAAUGUGCAGAUAUUUUUUUCACCCGACAUAAUCUCUACAUAAUGGUCCCUUAUUUUCAGACAUAACUCUCUUUGAGUCGCUCAUUAUCUUGAUCCAAAUGUGCCUAUUCUAUUGAGACAUAUCCAAAUUCUGAUCCCCAGGUGUUAUUGUGCCUGCUGCCGCAGGUCUGGUGUUUAACAAGGUACAGGCAGAAAAUGGAGGAGAAACCGCCUCCAGAUUAGGACUACUAUCACAGCCACAACAGCAGCACACCAGUGUUCUGUACUUUUUAUACUUACAGCUCUUCACUGACAAUUGGUGAAGUAAUGAAAGUUGACGGUAUCACCGAGCCUUGCUGUACAAUAUUCAAAGUCAAGAUGUGUUUACAAUACAACUGUUGCUGUUUGCAUCACCUCAAGGAAAAAGUAAACGUUCAUGGGUUUCAUUAGUUAUGGUGAGUUUUUUUUUUUUUUUUGUGUUCUAUGAGGGAGUUUCUCUGAAUGACAGUUGAUAAGCAAUGUUUACACAGUUAGCUUAAGUUGUUAGAAUAUGUUAGUCUCUGUUUUGCUCUGUUUUGAGCAGAUGUGUUUGUGACGCUCUUUGUGAGCUGCCUCUCAUUGCAGGGAGCAGAAAGGGUCUGAUUUUGUGGAAACUCAGUCCAGAUGCAUCUUAUUUGGCUUUUUGGUUUUUAAAAAUUUUCAUGGCUGGUUAUAUUUCUCCCUAACAAGAUAAAUGAAAGUUUAAUCUGCUGCCAAAGUCAGUGGGCCAUCAGAACUGAAAGAAGGCCAUUACGUUUAUUUGCAUAGCACUCAGAAUAUAAAUGUACCUCAACACAAAGCCAUUCAGUCUACGAGGAACUAACUGAAAUACUCCUGUUUUAUUUGUUCGAUUUAUGAAUAAAGUGACAGUUUUUAAGUUUAUUUUGCUAGAAUGAGUCAGACUUUCUUAAUUUCUCAUAGUGUGGGAAAAGUAUAUUUAGCAUGCUUGAAGCUCAUCAAUAUGCAGCUCAUAUUCUGAGUGUGACAGCUAACAUCUGCGUGAGACGAAGAAACAGAAAUGUGAAGUGGUGGUGCUGCACUUUUCAAACAUACUUGAUGUAAUCUUUAUGACACAACCAGUUGUAGAAGAAUUAAAGGACUUUCAUCAUUGUUCCUCCGCAAUGAUAAGAGUCUUUGUUUUCCUUUUGUCGUCCCUGUAACCUCUGCGAGAAACCCCGCAGGGAAAAACCACCACUAACACAUUGACACUUAUGCAAUUGUAGAACAAGAAAUGAGAUUAUCAAUUACAUUUUUCAGCAGUAGCUGAAUACUUCAUUUUCUCAUGCGGAAAUGGCUUUGUUUUCUCCUUCUUUUUAACUGCUCUUUAAGACUGAACUCUAAUUAUGUACAUAAGCCCCCUAAGAAUGAUUCUCGGUGCCAGCCUGUGUUCGGUUGUUUCACCUCUUUAGACAAUGUGCAUGUUUGUGCCAAAGUGGCAGAAGGUUUGAUAGUGUGCCGUCAUUUCAUCUGUCACAUGCUUUGUUUGUUACUUAAGAUGUUAUUUGGAGAUAACAGCUACUUCUAGCAUGAUGCAUCUCAGCUUUCUUUCCAUUCUGAUCCUAUGAGACACAUACUGUAUGGGUUGUUCUUGCCACUACUCCUGUUUUAUCCCAGGUUGUUUACAUACCUCUAUUGGUCUCUGACUUGCAUGCUGAAUAAUUUCCAAACCAGGUGUUGGACACGAUAUUGUCGUCAUACUGUGGUUUGUGAAAUGCUUUGUAAUGGAUUGCCUUAACUAAAGAUUAAUAAAAUAUUGACAACU